GGCGUCGGAGGUUUCGGACGCGUUCAGCUGGUGCAGCUGAAGAGCGAGCGGACGCGGACGUUCGCCAUGAAAGUUCUGAAGAAGCGGCAGCUGACUUUGGCCCACCAGCGGGAGCAGGUGCGCUCCGAGAAGACCAUCAUGAGCCAGACGCGCUGCCGCUUCGUGGUCAGGUUGUACCGGACCUUCAAGGACAGCAAAUACCUCUACAUGCUGACGGAGGCCUGCCUCGGCGGCGAGCUCUGGACGCUUCUCAGAAACAGGGGUCAUUUGGAGGACUCCGCGGCUCGCUUCUACCUGGCGUGCGUGCUGCGGGCCUUGCGCUACCUUCACGCCAGAGGAAUCGUCUACAGGGACCUCAAGCCCGAAAACGUGCUCUUGGACGCCGGCGGUUACGCCAAGCUGGCGGACUUCGGUUUGGCCAAAAAGAUCGGCGUCGGGAAGAUGGCCAAGACGUGGACCUUCUGCGGGACGCCCGACUACAUGGCACCCGAGGUCAUCCUCAACAAAGGCCACGACACCUCCGCCGACCUUUGGUCUCUCGGCGUCCUGCUCUUUCAACUCCUCGCCGGCAGUCCUCCGUUCUGCGGCGCAGACGACGCGCAGACGUACAGCGCGGCGCUCCGGGGCCUGAGCGCGCUGGAGUUCCCCGAGCGAAUCGGCCCGGACGCCGGCGAUCUCAUCCGGAAGUUGUGCAGAGACGAGCCCUCGGAGAGAGUGGGAACGCUGGACGACGACGGCGUCUGGAAACAGCGCUGGUUCGAGGGGUUCGACUGGGACGGCCUGGACGGAGGAACCUUGACGCCUCCCGUCAUCCCCGACGUUUCGUCGGCGACCGACACGGGCAACUUUGACCCUUUUCCGGCAGACGGCGAGGAGGAGCCGCCGGACGACGACUCGGGAUGGGACCGUGACUUCUAG